AUGCAGCCGCAACAGGUGCGUUGGUGCAGCCUGUUGGUCAUCGUCCUGACCACCGCCAUACACCACAUGACCCUGGGCAUCCACUCCAACGAGCGGCGGUUCCAGUGCCUGAUGCCGCGGAUGAUGGGCCAGACCAACUGCUCGCCAUGCGCUGAGCUGUACGUCUUCAAUCGAUCCAAUGGCUUCCGACGCUGUGAGCACGUCAACGGUCGGUGCUUCCCACACCGAACGGUCUUCGCCAACGCCCGCAUGUGCGAGAUCAUCUGCCAGCCGUACAUCCAGCGACCCACGCUCCACGAGGUCACCACCCCGGUGCCCCCGGUUGUGGAGCCAUUCUUUGACAGCGAUGAGGAAUUCCAGUGAGGUUUCAACAAAAA